AUGAGCCCUAGGUGGAGCUAUGGGGCCGCCUGCCUGCUGCUGGUCGGCUGGGCGGCUGGGUCCUGCCCGGCGGACACCUCUUCCUGCCCCUGCUACCUCUUUGACGACGGCCUCUUCCUCGAGUGUCCCGACUCCACAGUCUCCCUCGUCAGUCGGGUCCUCUCCUCCUUCACCGAACCUAUCCAAUCCUUCUCUCUCUACGGCCUCGAUAAGGAGGUGACUCAACUUGGGGGGGACAUCUUCCCCCCCGGCAUCAAGAUCAGGCACUUGCAGAUAUCACACUCCAAUCUCCGAGCGCUAUCACAGAAUUCCCUUGAACACCUUUCCUCAGACCUUGAGGCUUUGAGCAUUGUUUCCGGGAAAUUAGAAGCAGUCCCCCAAAAAGCUCUCACUGACCUCAAGACCCUCCGACUAUUGGAUCUAGAAGCUAACGAAAUCAAUCGCCUCCCGAGUUACAUUUUCUACGGACUCAGCUUGGCGACUAUUAACCUAAAAGGAAACGCCGUAAAAGAAAUGUCAGAGUAUGCAUUCGCCGGUCUCGAAAACACACUGACUGAAAUCGACCUCUCAGAAAACAAAAUUGAUAUCUUUCCCAUGACUUCACUGAGAAGGUUAGAGAACCUGAAAAACUUGCGGCUCUCGUGGAACGAGAUAUCUUCCAUCGUAGACGACGGCUAUUCCAAACUGCAUCGACUACAUUCUCUGGAUUUGAGUUCCAACAACUUUGAAUCCCUUACAGAAGACGCGUUCCGUCCUAUUCAAAAUAAACAUUUGGUUGAACUGCGGCUUGAAGACAAUUCAUUUCAUAAUAUUCCAUACUUGGCUUUAAACAACAUUUCCACUCUGGAAAUUCUUAUUCUUUCACGAAAUUCAAUAGGUUCAUUGGAUAUCGCUCAGCUCUCGAGACUCUACAAAUUAAGAGAACUUUACUUGAACAGCAAUAUACUGACCUCUCUUACAGGUUUUGCAUCUGCGAAUUUCACUCAUCUUUCGACUGUGGAUAUGAGUAGAAAUUCCCUUUCUGCUCUCCCUGCCAACUUCUUUCAUGGCGCAGAAGUGCUGAAAAGGUUGGACUUAUCAGAGAACCGACUUCGGCAAGUGCCUACAACAGCGCUUUCUGGUAGUAACAUUCCCAGCCUGGUUUGGCUGAAUCUGAGUAGCAACCCUCUAUCCCAGCUCCAGGAACUUGCCAAGUCCUAUCCCUCCCUCCAGGAACUUCAUAUCAGCGGGACCAAUCUCACCUACCUCACCUCAAUGGACUUUGAGCCAUUUCCUCAUCUCCUACACCUUUACCUCGGAAGAAAUCGUGUGUCUCGUGUGUCUCCGGGCGCUUUUCGAACGCUGAAAAGCCUUCUCUCACUAGACUUAGGGAUUAACGAGCUCGAGAUCCUUCCACAAGAGAGGCUUCAUGGAUUGACUUUUCUGCGUCACCUGAACCUAACGCAUAACAAAUUGAUGGAUUUAGAAGAGUUCCCGGUCACUCUCAAAGCAUUGCAAGUGAUCGAUCUAUCGUUCAACCAGAUAUCUUCCAUCACAAUGGGAACCUUCCGGCAUCUGGAGAACCUCGGAGAGCUCUAUCUCUAUGGGAAUUGGAUAACGGAUAUAGCUAGUGACUCUUUUAGGCCUUUGAAGAAACUGAAGCUUCUAGACAUAUCAAGAAACUAUUUGCAAACUCUGCCUCUCAAUGCCUUCCGACCAUUGGAAACACAGAUCAGAAGUCUCAAAACGGAAGAUCUGCCCCCACCACUCGCCGUAACGCGGGAAACUCAAACCACCUUUGGCACAAACAGAGAAUUUAGGAUUGUAACGAUUGAAUAG